UCUACUGCACACAUAGAGAGCUUGUUUUUUUUUAAAUUUACUUUCUUGCAUUAAAUAGAACUGAUUAUUAAACUAAUAAAAACACAUUUUUUGGAAUGUGUUGCGUGUUAUAUGUAUUGUAAGAUCCUUUGUAUAAUAAUUAACCCUACAUUCUUCUAUUUUGUUUUGCAUAUGUGAUUUUACCAAAAGAUUUUACUUUUAUUUUUCUUUAUUAUGCACUUUUAUUUUGAAACAUCCGUUUUUACCACGACCGGAAGUCAAUCCCGGUAUUUGAGCUCGUUUUACUGCUUCUACACCCUGAACAGUAUGUUAUUGCACUAAAUAGCACGCCUACGUAGUGCGUAUCCACAUGUGUCAUGUUGUUCAGUAUGAUAUAGAUUAUACUAUGCUGGUUUGAAUGCUGCUUUAAAAGUGAAAUCGCGUCAGAUCGCAGUGGUUUCUGGGCGAAUUUACUGCAGGCUGCGUCCCAAAUCGCCUGCCUUCGUACUAAAUAGUGUGCCAAAUUAGCACUCCAACAAAGGCGGCGUUCCUUACAUAAUUAGUGUAUAGAGUACGGUUUGGGACAUAGUCGAUGAGCUGCUGUUUAUUGAUUUGAUUAUGUAACAUAAACCAUUCGCUUUGCUAAGUGAUUAUUAUUAUUAUUGUUAUUACUAUUAAGAUGUUAACAGUGCAAAGAGUUGUCUUAGCCUCUCGGCCAGGAAGAAACGGCCAUCCGUCUCCUGAUAACUUCCGGGUGGAGGAGACGAGUUUGUCCACUGAGCUGAAACAGGGAGAAGUCCUUGUCAGGACGUUGUAUCUGUCUGUUGACCCCUACAUGCGUUGUCGCAUGAACGAUGAUACGGGUGCUGAUUAUCUGUUACCAUGGAGGCUGGAGGAGUGUAUCGAUGGAGGUGGGGUCGGUGUGGUGGAGGCCAGCAGGAAUGCACAACUGGCCAUUGGUGACAGUGUCACCUCCUUCAACUGGCAUUGGCAAACCCAUGAUGUGAUUCAUGGUGACUGUGUACAGAAGGUGGACCCCAGGAUGGUUGAUGGCCACUUGUCAUAUGUUCUGGGUGCAGUAGGCAUGCCUGGACUCACUGCUCUGCUCGGUGUGAGAGAGAAAGGACAUGUGACUUCUGGGGCUGGACAGACCAUGGUGAUCAGUGGAGCAUCUGGUGCUUGUGGGUCACUGGCUGGACAGAUUGGCAGAUUGGACGGCUGUGAAAGAGUGGUCGGGAUCUGUGGAUCAGAUGAGAAAUGCCAGACCCUGGUGUCGCAGCUCGGUUUCACAGCAGCUGUGAAUUAUAAGAAGGGGGACAUCUCAAGAGCACUGAGGGACAGUUGUCCCAAUGGAGUGGACAUCUACUUUGACAAUGUUGGAGGUCCUAUUAGUGACACGGUCAUAUCACAGAUGAACAGCGGCAGUCAUGUGAUCCUGUGUGGGCAGAUCUCUCAGUACAAUAAAGACGUACCCUACCCACCUCCGCUGAGCGAGAAGACUCUAGAAGCUCUACGCUGCAAAAAUAUCACCAGGGACAGAUUUAUGGUUCUGAACUACAUGGAUAAACAUAAAGAAGGGCUGGAACUGCUGAGUCAGUGGGUGAAGACUGGCCAAAUUAAAGUGUUAGAAACUGUAGCAAAUGGAAUAGAAAACAUGGGUGUGGCCUUUUGCUCAAUGAUGACCGGAGGCAACUUUGGGAAGCAAGUUGUUAAAAUAUCAGAUUGAGCUACACCUCACCAGCAGAGGGUGCUGUUUGUUUCCUACAAGCAGCCCUGUGUGUUUUAUUUAUUUUCAGUUGUAAUUACUACAAUAUAAUAUUGUAUACAGGAAAUGUCAAAUUAUAUUGCUGUAUGCUAUGUUAGGAUAGCACAAUCUGCACUGCUAUAACUGUGAUAUGUGCCUAAACAACACUAAGUAUAUUGAGAAUUUUCUCACCCAUUGCAAUGUCUUUUUUGUUUGUUUUUAAUUAGAGAAAAAAAAAAGCAUAGCGGUGGAUGCUGUCUUGAAUGUGGUUCACAUGAAGCUUAUGUCUACUUAAAGGGAAACCGAGCCGUUUUGCCUAGAAAAUAUGUCACUAAAAUAUUUUUUUUAAAACCUGCUGGUUAUUAAUCAUCCUGAGAAACAUUGCUGUUUUUCCUGGCUCAUAGUAAAAGGCUGUUUAUUCCCGAAAUGUAGCUGUUACUUUAACGGAUCAACUGUGGACACCUUUUGAAAGUGUGCCUUUGAUGAAAACCCACGCAUGCAGCCUUAAUGCCAUAAGCAUAUUAAAUCAAGUAUAUGAAGUAAAAGUGGAACAUAUUUAAAAAUAAAAAAAACUUGUGUGUUUUCUUUUUUUGUUUGUUUAUUUUGUCAGAAAGGCAAGUUUUCUUAAAAUUUUAAAUGAUCUUUAGGUCAUCACUUAUACUCUGAUUGAGCAGGGAGCACUAGGACUCACUCACCUAACAGUGUGUAAUUAAGUUUGCACUGAUUGAGCAGCAAUCUUUAGCAUUC